CUAUCUUAUUUAUUUAUAUAUAUAUAUAUGUACAUUUUUUGUAAUUCAGUAUGAAAAGUCUUUACUACCCUUGUUUCGGUUUCUUCUACCUUGUGCUUGUUUCUUUCAUGAGAGAAAGUAAUGCAGAAAGUAAUGGAGUUUAUAUUGUCUACAUGGGAGCCUCACGCUAUCCAGAUGGUGCUCCAAGAAAUGAUCAUGCUCAGCUUCUUAGCUCACUAAUGAAAAGGAAAAGGAAUCCUGUGGUGCAUACAUACAGAAACGGGUUUUCGGGAUUUGCGGCACGUUUAUCGGAGGAGGAAGCGGAAUCGAUAGCGCAGAAACCUGGAGUUGUGUCGGUUUUUCGUGAUCCGAUUUUGCAGCUUCACACAACUCGUUCGUGGGAUUUUUUGAAGUAUCAAACCGCUUUGAAGAUUGACGCGACUACUAGUGCAAGUUCGCCGUCUCAAUCUCCUUAUUCGAGUGGAGACGACACUAUUAUUGGCAUAUUAGAUACAGCCCUAGAAAUCCAAAAAAUAAUUGGAGCAAAAUACUACACUGACCCUGACGCCUACGACACUCCAAGAGACGGGAGCGGCCACGGCACGCAUGUGGCGUCCACCGCGGCCGGGGCCCCCGUCUCGGGCGCAUCGUACUACGGCCUCGCCAAGGGGACCGCACAGGGUGGGUCCACCGCUUCGAGAAUCGCAAUGUACCGCGUCUGCGUGGACGGGGGUUGCUCGGGCUCGGCUAUUAUGAAAGGGUUCGACGACGCGAUCGCCGAUGGGGUCCACGUGCUGUCGCUGUCGUUGGGCGGGUCCCCCGGAAGGCCCAAUUUUCAAACCGACCCUGUCGCGAUCGGAGCAUUCCAUGCGGUGGAGCGUGGUAUUACCGUGGUCUGCUCCGCGGGGAAUAGCGGCCCUUCUCCUGCGUCCGCGGUGAACGUUGCCCCAUGGAUCAUGACCGUCGCUGCCACUACUAUCGAUCGUGAUUUUCAGGCCGAUAUUAUUUUAGGAGGGGAUAAAGUGAUUAAGGGUGGAGGAAUCAACUUCUCUAAUCUGAAUAAAUCGACAAUGUAUCCAUUAAUAGAUGGACGCUCGGCGAAAUUGUCUUCCAACGUAAACGGUGACGACGAUGCCGGAAAUUGCAUUCCAGGUUCAUUAGAUGACAGCAAAGUAAAGGGAAAAAUUGUUGUAUGCGAAAACAGUGAUGAAAGUUACGAACCGCGAGACAAAUUCGACGAUUUACAGCAACAAGGCGCAAUAGGGAUGAUAGUUAUCGACAACGACGAGAACGACUUGCGGGAGGCCGUGGCCCCCGGGCGGGACCCGCCCCUCUUCGACAUACUCUCGGGCACAUCCAUGUCGUGCCCGCAUGUCUCUGGUCUAACUGCUACUGUCAAAUCUCAGCACCCCAAGUGGAGCCCCUCUGCUAUCAAAUCAGCCAUUAUGACUACAGCAAUUACGACGAACAAUGUACAUACAUUAAUCACAACAGAGACGGGAAAAAGGGCAAGCCCGUACGACAUUGGAUCUGGGGAGAUAAGCAUAUCGAGCCCUUUACAGCCAGGGCUCGUUUACGAGACAGAAACGAGCGAUUACGUUGAGUUUCUCUGCAACCUCGGAUACAGCACAGACAAGAUCAAAACCAUUGCCUCGACUGUUCUUGAGGGCUUUUCUUGCAAGAAUAAUGUUUCGAAUCCCGAUGAAAUCUCCAACAUGAACUAUCCUUCGAUUGCCGUUUCCAACUUGAAGAAAAACGUGAGCAAAACUGCGAACCGAACUGUGACGAAUGUCGGCGAAGAAGAUUCGACUUAUACCGUUUCGGUGGAGGCGCCUGAUGAACUGAGUGUUGAAGUGGUGCCGAAUAAGUUGGUGUUUACGAAGAAUGUCGAGAAACUGAGCUUCCGAGUGAUAUUUACACUCGGUGUGGAUUCCGAUUAUCAGGACUUUUUCGGGUCAAUUACGUGGUCGAAUGAAAAGCAUAGAGUUAGGAGUCCAUUUGUUGUGAGCAAUGCCUCACAAAAUGAGCUGAUGUGAAAUGAUUGUAACUGUGAAAAUACUGUAACAUGAAAAUACAGCAGUUAAUGAAAAUGGAACUGGUGUUUUAAGCUGCAG